AAAGAAAGAAAAACGCCAAAAUGAGCUCCAAUGACCCCAUCUCGAAGGACUACUAUGAUUAUUCUGCUUGGUAUGAAAACCUGGAACCUACCAAACCACCAGUGGAAGUCAUCCUCCCCUGUGAUCCCACCGCCGAUGACAGACUAUACCACAUAUGCAUCUCUGCAAUAUCGAUUGUUGUCAUGCUGGUCCUAGCAGCCUUCACCAAACGCAAAAGGUUAUGUCAGGGCUUCCUGAAAGGGGUUCCAGGUUUACUCAGUCCAGUGAAUUUCCUGGACCACACUCAACACAAGGGCCUAGCUGUGGCAGUGUUUGGAGUCCUCUUCUGCAAGCUCUGUGUUAUAGUGCUAGCCCCAAUCCCCCUGCCUUUUGUCCAGAACCCUGAAUCAGACUACAAAGAGUACUGGAAGAUCCUCUCCCUCUUCUACUACCCCGCUCUGUACUACCCCCUGCUGGCCUGUGGAACGCUGCACAGCCAGGUGGGCUAUGUCCUGGGCAGCCUGCUCUCCUGGACACACUUCGGUGUCCUUGUGUGGCAGAAGGUUGACUGCCCCAAGACCCCCCAGAUCUACAAGUACUACUCGCUGCUUACCAGCCUGCCGCAGAUCGCCUGCCUGGCCUUCCUCAGUUUCCAGUACCCCUUGCUUCUGUUCAAGGGCUUGAAGGGUACAGUGAAGACCAAUGCCUCUGAGGACCUUGAUAGCAGCUACUACAGGGACUAUGUGAAGAAGAUUCUGAAAAAGCCCUCCAAACCCAGCACCACCAGCACAGCAAAGCCCAAACUGUCUGAGAGAAUAUAUGAUGCCGUGAAGUCGUACAUCUACACACCAGAGGAAGUGUUUCGCUUCCCCUUGAAACUGGCGAUCUCUGCUGUAGUGGCGUUCAUUGCUGUUUAUCAGGUGGCGCUCUUACUGAUAGUUGGAUUGGUACCUACUCUCCAGAUUGUUCGUGCCGGAGUCACUGAAGAGAUUGCUUUCCUGCUGGCUGGCUUCAAAAUCAUGUUAUCGGAGGAUCGUGCAGAGGUUGUCAGAAUCGUGGUCCAUUACAUAUGGAGUACGGAGGUGUGUUACAUCUCUGCGACGAUCCUGUCCUGCUUGGUCACCCUGCUUAUGCUAAUGAGAUCCUUGGUCCUACACAGGGCCAACCUGAGAGGCCUGUACAGAGGAGAUAUCUACAAUGUCUACAAUCGGCAGAGGAGUGUCCGGCCAUCCCGCCCUGCCCUGGUGUGCUGGAUGGGGUUCACCAGUUACCAGGCUGCCCUCGUCUGUCUAGGGCUGGUCAUCCAGACACUGGUGUUCUUCAUCUGCCUCAUGUUUGCUGUCUUCCUCGUCAUCAUCCCCAUCCUGUACGGAAGGAACCUCAUAAUCUUCCACAUCAUCGGGAACAUGUGGCCAUUUUGGUUGACACUGUUCUUGGCUGUGCUUAUUCAGCACAUCACAGCCAAGUUUGCCUUCAUCAAAAAGGAUGCAGGGACCAGAGACCUGGAUAACAGGAGCGCUCUGUUCCUGUUGACCUACUUCCUCUUCCCGGUCAACGUCCUGGUGGGGGUGCUGCUGGGGGUGUGGAGGAUGGUGAUCACAGCUCUCUUUAACAUCAUCCACCUGGGCCGCCUGGACAUCAGCCUGCUGAACCGUGGAGCAGAGGCCUUCGACCCGGGAUACCGCUGCUAUGCCCAUUACCUGAAGAUUGAGGUCAGCCAGUCUCACCCAGUGAUGAAGGCCUUCUGCGGAAUGCUGCUGCAGACUGCCAGUCAAGAGGGCGGCGCCGGGCAAAAGAUGCGUGAUGUAGAGGAAGGCAUUCAGCUGGUGGCCCAGGAGAAGAAGCAGAACAAGGUGUCCAACACCAGGCGGGCACAAGCACGCUGGCUGCUCCUCUUCACCCUGGUCAAUAAUCCCUCCCUGGUGGGCUCCAGAAAGCACUUCCAGCGCCAGAGCUCUGAGAGUUUCCUCAACGGGACGCUCAACCGCACCACCAAGGAGAGCAGCAGGAGAGACGCCAGCCAAAAGGACGAGGGCAAAGAGGCGGGAAAAGAGGCAGACGCUCCCGCCACCAACUGA